AUGACCGAUCGGGGCACCGACGAGGCGCCUAGGAAACUUGCGCCUAAUUCUAUCGUCCCGCCGCUCCGCUCUCCGUGGCUCGCACUAUUUGCGUUGCUGCUGGUGCUGUCGCUGAGGCUUUCACUGGCCGAUGACGUGUCGAACUGUGAUUCGCUGGGUUCUUUCCUCCCUUCUUCACGCCUCGCCCCCUCCUCUCACCUGCGCUUUGGCUUCCCGGAGCACCUCUGUGGCGACUGGUGGAAGGAGUAUGUCCUCUUUGGGUGUGGGGGGCUGGGGGACGCCCUGAUUGGCCUGGCCGCCGCGUUCACUGUAGCACUUUUGGACGGACGUGCCCUGAUUCUCAACCACCCGUGCCUGCCGCAAGCCUUUGACCCCGCCCACGUUGACUGGCGGUUGACUGACGACGUCCCCAUGGAACCUUCCAGGAAAUACACGUACCUUCCGCCUCCUGACGUCGGCCCUGUUGCUAAUUCACCACCGGCUGCUGCUGGUGCUGCUGCAGGCAGUGAGGCGGGCAGUGAGGCAGGGGGAGAGCCGGCAGAAGCAGAAGUGCAGGCGGGGGAGGUGGUUCGGCUGAACCUGAAGAAUCGUGAUGUUGAUUUGCAGCCACUCUUCUCCCGCCUCGCCCCCGCCGCCAACAUCCUGCUGCGCUGGAACCGCGGCGUGCUCACCCGGCUCUUCAUGGAGGCUUAUAACGCGGACAGGGAGGCUUAUAACGCGGAUAAGGGAGGGGAGGAGGCGGGGGGAGGGGUGGGGGCGGAAUGGGGCAUGAAGGGCAGCAGGGAGUGGGCGUUGAGGUUGAGGAGUAUGGGGCUCAGGCUGCCCCUUGCGACGGGAUGUUUCCUGCGCUUCCUUCUCAGACCAAAGCCUGAGGUGUGGCAACUCAUCCGACCGUUCGAUCAGCAGCUGCGGGGCGAUCGGACGGUUGUGAUUGGUCUGCACGUUCGGUUCGAGGACAGGGCAGUGUGGGGCGAGGGAGGGGAGGGCGCGCCUUUAUCACUGUCAGAGGAUCGAGUGAGGGAGAUGGUGAAUGAUGUUCGACCCACUCUUGAGUGUGCCAAGCGAGUGCAGGAGUGGCACGUCCCCUCCUCCCUCCCUGUCAAGUGGUUGCUCCUUUGCAACUCCUUGCAAGUCAAAGAGGCCAUUCGCAAGCAAUACCCGGAUAAGGUGGUAACCACUGACUUCACUCCCCGGCACGCCAACAGCAUGAGUGGGGAAGACACCACCAACCCAUCCCCAUCCACCUCAUCUCCCUCCUCUUCCUCCGCUCCCUUCCUCGAGCUCAUAGCCGAGUGGUUGCUGCUAGCCUCCUCCCAUUUCUUCAUCAUUCCCAACUCUGGCUUCUCCCGCACGGCUCUGCUUUACUCCAUGCACCCUGCAGGGUCGGCGUUUAUGCCGCCUGAUAAUUGCUUCCCUGAUGUGCCUGUUAAUCUCACAUGGCUUGGAACGACAUGGAGCAGAGUAUAA